AUGGAAAUGAGAAAUACAUCAAGCGCGGGUGAAAACUACAUUUCAUACAGUCAGAUUUUCUGCUCUGCCAAAGACUUGGCGGGACUACACAAAGAGCUGAUAACUCUUUCUGUGUUCAAUACUACUUUGGCCUUCAUUGCUUUUAUAGGGAAUGCGCUGAUACUUUUUGCUCUUCACAAGGAAACUUCGCUUCAUUCGCCGACCAAACUCUUACUCCGCAAUCUAUCAGUAAGCGACCUCUUAGUUGGUGUAAUCUCUGAGCCCCUUGUUGUUGCAUACUGGAUGUCCGUGGUGUUCAAGCAAUGGAGCAUAUGUCGCCUUACACUUGGUUCAACUUUUAUAUCUACUUACAUUUUGGGUCCGGUGUCGUUGCUGACUCUAACGUCUAUAAGCGUGGACAGACUUCUUGCGCUUACUUUGGGCCUUAGAUACAGACAAGUUGUAACUUUGAAGCGAACUUGGGUAAUUGUCAUUAGUUUUUGGGUUCUGUCUUCAAUUGCUGCCACAAUGUACCUUUGGGAUUACCAUAUACCUUUGUGGUAUGGCAAUAUAGUUACGCCUUUAUGCCUGGUCACUUCAAUCUUCUCCUACACAAAGAUUUAUUUGAAACUCCGCCAUCACCGAGUCCAAGUUCAAGGCCAUAUAAAUCAAGGAGCUCAUCUGAAUAUAGAGCGUCACAAGAAAGCAGUUUCUAGCGCGAUGUGGCUGCAAUUUACUUUGGUUCUUUGCUAUUUGCCAGCAGGUCUUGUGGGAGAAUUGUGGGCUAACAGCAAAUUCUCGUCUUCUUUGUAUCUUGCUAGGCAAUGUGCGUCGACUCUAGUUUUCUUAAACUCCUCAUUAAAUCCAUUGUUGUACUGCUGGAAGAUCAAAGAGGUGAGGCAGGCAGUAAAAGACACAAUCAGACAACUUUUCAGUUCAUCGAGUUAG